GGAGGGACAUGGCAGAGUCCCCUCACACCCUCGGGGGAUCAUGGCAGAGUCCCCUCACACCCUGAGGGGGGACACGGCAGAGCCCCCUCACACCCUGAGGGGAUCAUGGCAGAGUCCCCUCACACCCUCAGGAAGGACAUGGCAGAGACCCCUCACACCCUGAGGGGGGACAUGGCAGAGCCCCCUCACACCCUGAGGGGGAUCAUGGCAGAGUCCCCUCACACCCUCGGGGGAUCAUGGCAGAGUCCCCUCACACCCUGAGGGGGAUCAUGGCAGAGUCCCCUCACACCAUCGGGGGCAUCGUGGCAGAGCCCCCUCACACCUUGAGGGGGAUCAUGGCAGAGACCCCUCACACAGAGGGGAAGCAGAGGGAGAAGCACAGGCGGGAGUAUGGUGCUCUCCUCGCACACGAUGUUUAAACACAGAGUUUGCUGCCGUUUUUUUAGUAACAAUACACCAGAAGCGGCACUCGGGUAUGUGCCGGGUCCCAGCCCCCUCACGGCGCCCGGGCGGGAAUGGCGCCGCCCCGGCCCGUCCUGCACCGCGGCGCCAGCAUGGCGGCGCCCAGCGAGGGCCGUGCGGGUCGGGGUGCCGCGUCCUUCCCGGGCACCGACAGCGGCUCCUUCCCCUUCGCCGUCCCGCACGGCGCGGCGGGAGAGCCAUCCAAGAAGCCAUGCCGAGCCUGCACGGAUUUCAAGAGCUGGCUCCGCGAGCAGAGGAAGCAGGCGGCCCCGGGCAGCGCGGACGUGGCCGUGGCGGAGGAGAAGGAGCCCCCUCCGGACUGUCCCCUGGACAGCGAGCAGCUGGGCCGCAGCACCUGGGCCUUCCUGCACACCAUGGCUGCCUACUACCCCGACCGGCCCUCCAGGGCACAGCAGGAGGAGAUGAGGGACUUCAUCAACCUCUUCUCCAAGUUCUACCCCUGCGAGCACUGCGCGGAGGACCUGAGGGAGAGAUUACGGACAAACCAACCCGACACGAGCACCAGGAGUAACUUCUCCCAGUGGCUGUGUCUGCUCCACAACGAAGUGAACAGGAAGCUGGGCAAGUUGGAAUUCGACUGCUCCCGCGUGGAUGAGCGCUGGAGGGAUGGCUGGAAGGAUGGGAGCUGUGAUUAACCCACAGGGAUUGCUCUGGGAAUCCAGCAGAGCAGUGCAGUCCAUGUGGAGUUGCUGCAGGGAGAGUGGGAGUCAAUAACUCUGUUUGUGUGGGACUGAUUCAGAGCUGAACCAAUGCCAAAAGGAGAAUUGAAAAUCCCACUGAUAUUUGGAUAAGUAAUGGUACCUGAAGGGGUUGAGGCUGCCAGAAACCUCUGAGAUUGGGUCACUGACAAACUCAUUUAAUUAUGACAUUUCCUGAUUUUGGGGACAUUUGCUUAUUUUUGUGGCUAGAAUUCAUUUUCCCUGAGCACAGUGGUGUCCUCUGCAGGCAUUGCCUGAUGUUUUAGAAAAUGCAUCUGAUUCAUUUUCACUUUCUGUUCUGAUAGAGAAAACUCAUGCUGGGUUUUGUGCCAAGUCUGUACCCCUGGAUUUCUCUUUCCAGGAUCUCCAACAUUUGUUGCUACUCUUGCAUCCAAUUCCUUUGAUAAAAGUCCUGAGGGCAGGUACAUUUAAUUCAAACACUAAAAUAUGGAGCCCAGAUUUCUCAAUUUGGUUUUGUGUUUCAACUUACCAUGUCAGAGGACAAAACAGAGUCAAAAUCAUUUCAAGUUCUUCACGUAGGUCGUGAUCUCAUUCCUUCCUGCUCUCCUGGCAGGGAGAGGUUUGCACAAACCCUGACAACAACAGGUUUUUUUUUUUUUCCCUUCCCUGCUUCCUGCUGAGGUUUUCUUACCUAUUUUAUUGAGCUUCCUUAUGUCAUGCCCUACAGCACACCUGUGAAUUUACCCUUGGGGAUUUUUGGCAAGUUUUGACUGGGAAGGUUAAUGGUGCUGCUGUAAUUAGAACAAUGGCACCUCUUAUCUGAGCCUUUGGUCCUCCCACCACUGUGUGGGGCUCCUUAGUGGUUAGAGAACCAGCAACACCUUUGGAAACACAUUUUGGUGUUUUGUGGCACAGCCAAGUCCUUUCAAGUCGGGUCUGUUAAAUGAAUGUGAGACUUUUAUGGACUAACGAUUUCUGAACUUUUUAUGUCGUAACAUUUCUAAACACAAACCCAAAUGAACCAUUAACGAGGUACUGCAUGAAGAGUGUGAUUGAAGGUGUCAUUCAAGCUAUUAAAAGUGCUCAGAAGAUUUCCCUAUCAGCAUGUUGAGGUUCUUAGAACAAAUAAAUGGGUUUUGUCUUUUGGUAAUAAACUCAGCCCCCAGAACAAAGAUCCACUGGGAUCCACUAGAGGGGAGAGGACCAACAAAAGGGCUGCAGCCCUCCCUUUUUGCAGGUAGGGCCCUGCUGACUCAGUUCUGCCAGGACACUUUUAGCAGCUGGGGGUGUGGGCAGGCGUCUCCCUCUGGGUUUGGUUGUGCUAAAGCAGGAAUUUUGUGUUCUUCCAUUCCAAUCUGCCCUCCACUGUUCUCUGUGACAAUUUCCUCGCCCACGGAGCAGAUGAUGAGAUUUCUCCCUCAUUUGUUUCAGUGUAAACGAGCAGGUUGGUGAAACAUCUGUCCCAUCCUUUGUCACCUUCAUCUCCCAGGGGGCCAGGCUGGGGGGUUGCACUGCCCCGUGCCAGUCCUGGGAUGUGCUGGCCAGGGUCAGGGACCAGGGGGACAUGGGAGCCUCCCAGCACAGCUGUGCACUCCCUGCGUGCAGAGGGGGAAGUGAGGGUGUGUCCAACACUUUCUGGUCACUUUGUGUGCUUCAGCGAGGUGGUGGUGCCGUGCAGGAGGAAAAGCCUGUCCUGUCCUGGCAGGGGUGGGGAAGAGCCUUCAAGCUGAGUCUGUGUCUUUAGCAAAUCCUGCCUGAAAAUGAGGCCACCAACUGUGGCCAGGACGCUUUUAAUUUCUAUCUUUACCAUGUGGCCAUUUGAUAAAAUGCUUGCACUUUGUUCUCUCAUGUUUUUGGCUUGGCAGAAGAGCUCUGGUGUAGUUCUCAGGCAUAUCCUCACCUCUGUGGAUUUGACCACGUGAGGAUUGGGGGGAUUUGUUCUGCUGCUCAUUUGUACCACAGGUUUUAGUCUUGGGUAAGGAGUUUCCAUUGGAGGUCCUCAUACUCAUGUACAGAAAAUUGUGAAUUCUCUACUAACUGCACUUGAUUAAAUCUAGUUUUAAAAAUCUCUGUAUUCAAAUUAUAUUUCCUGUUGAUGUAAAAAUAAUAAAGCAACUGAGUUCA